CCCGCCAUCCAAUGGCACAGAAAAUUCUCAGCAGUUCAACUAAAAUAUCUCCCUCUUCCAAACCCCUCCCUUCUCUCUCUCUCUCUCUCUCUCUCUCUCUCCAACAUGGCUCUCUUCACUUCCAUCUCCACCUCCACCCUCUGCCUUUCCACCUCAAUCCGCCACUGCGGGCCUUCAAGCAGCUCGAAGCACUUCUCUCAUCCCAUCAUUGCUUCUUCUCUGAGCUCCCCAGCAUCCCCAGAUUCAAAAUCAACAACCCCAAAUCAAACCAUACUCUCCUCCUCCAAUGAUACUUCUCCAAACCCUUACACCAGUGCGUCCUCUAGGCCCCCGGAACCACCUGGCUUCAACUACGCCCUGGCCAACGGCAACCCGUUUGUUCGGUUUGCCCGUUCUGCGGAGUCUUCAAUUGAAAGGACAAUAUUUGACUUCCGAUUUUUGGCACUCUUUGCUGUUGGAGGUUCCUUGGCUGGUUCGUUGUUGUGCUUUCUCAAUGGUUGCGUUUAUAUUAUGGAUGCAUAUAAAGUUUACUGGACUAGUUGUGUCAAAGGGCAUCACACUGGACAUAUGGUUCUACGACUAGUUGAAGCUAUUGAUGUUUACCUUGCUGGGACUGUCAUGUUAAUAUUUGGUAUGGGAUUAUAUGGAUUAUUUAUCAGUAAUGUCCCUCAUGAUGUGCCUUCCAAUAAUGAUCGUGCUCUUAAGGGCUCUUCUUUGUUUGGAAUGUUUGCUCUGAAGGAGAGGCCAAAAUGGAUGAAAAUUAGCUCACUCGAUGAGCUCAAGACGAAAGUGGGACACGUAAUUGUCAUGAUUCUUCUGGUAAAGAUGUUUGAGAGGAGCAAGAUGGUGCAGAUAACUACUGGUUUGGAUCUGUUGAGCUAUUCUGUCUGUAUUUUCCUGUCUUCUGCAUCGCUGUACAUCCUUCAUAAUCUACACAAGAAAGGCCUAAAUGGAUGAAAAUUAGCUCACUCGAUGAGCUCAAGACGAAAGUGGGACACGUAAUUGUCAUGAUUCUUCUGGUAAAGAUGUUUGAGAGGAGCAAGAUAACCACUGGUUUGGAUCUG